AUGGCGGCGAGUGACGCGGAAAGGGCCCAGCAGCAAAUUGAUGAAAUUGAAGCCCUUUCAUCCAUAUAUGGUGAAGAUUGGUGUGUUGUUGAUGAAGAUGAAAAAAUCUAUUGCAUUAAGAUUAAUGAUUGUCUGGAUCAACCAAAAUGGACCCUCUGUCUACAGGUGAUUUUGCCACCAGGAUAUCCAACUGCAGAGCCACCUAUUUAUCAACUAAAUGCCCCUUGGCUUCAAGGACAAGAUUAUAUGGAACUAGCAAAUAGCUUGGAAGAAAUAUAUGUACAGAACCUUGGUGAAAGUAUACUUUAUUUAUGGGUGGAGAAGAUACGAGAAGUUCUGAUAGAAAAGGCACAGUCAUCAGACCCAGAACCAGAUAUUAAGAAAACCAGUGAAGAAGUUGAUGAAGAUGAUGGAGGUGAUUUUCUCCUAGACUAUCAGCCCAUUCAGGAAGAUUCAAUUAAAAUGUUAAAUUACUCUACAUCUGAAAGUCAAGAAGUAGAUGAAGAACUGCCAUCCAUACAUCAUGGAACCCCAAUCACAGAUCGAAGGAGUACUUUCCAGGCACAUCUGGCUCCUGUGGUGACACCCAGACAAGUAAAGAGAGUUCUUGAAAAAUUAUAUGAGAAUAAGAAAAUUGCAAGUGCUACCCACAACAUAUAUGCAUACAGAAUAUACUGUGAAGAUAAGCAGACAUUCUUACAGGAUUGUGAAGAUGAUGGGGAGACAGCAGCAGGUGGACGUCUUCUUCAUCUUAUGCAGAUUUUGAAUGUCCACAAUGUGUUAGUUGUGGUAUCACGCUGGUAUGGAGGUAUUCUCUUAGGACCAGAUCGUUUUAAACAUAUAAACAAUUGUGCAAGAAAUGUACUUGUGGAAUACAACUAUGUACCUUCAGUGGAAGAAUCAUCUAAACAAGCAGGAAAGAGCAAAAAGAUAAGGAAGGACAACAAGAGGAGAACAGAACACUAAUUUAUUUUUUAAAAACUAUAAAAGAUUAUUUUGCACAUAUUUAUACAAAGAAAACAUGGACAUUAUUGCCUUAAUACAACAGACAUUUUGUAUUCAAAGAGAAUUCAGUAAAGCUGUUUUUCAUCUUGUU